AAAAUCCUCAAAGUACACACAUUGUCGUUUGUGAUGGCACCGGUUAUCUUCAAAAACUGUUACUCGGUACAACCGGCCGAACCGACAUGGACCGGCCGGUUAUCCUUAACCGAAUGGGACCAAGUCGGAACGAUAACCCACGUUCCCACCGUUUACUUCUACAACAAACCACCUGAAAAUUUCAACGUCGUCGAAACCCUAAAGAGCUCACUGAGCCGUGCGCUUUUCCAUUUCUACCCUUUGGCCGGCCGCCUCCGUUGGCUCCCGAAAAGCCGCCUCGAGCUCGAGUGCAAUGGGGCGGGCAUUCCAUUCGUUGAGGCGGAAUCCGAAUCCGAGCUUUCGGGUUUCGGGGACUUCUCCCCGUCGCCGGAAUACGAGAACCUUGUGCCGCAAGUAAACUACGAAAACCCUAUAGAGAAGAUCCCUCUAUUGCUGGUCCAACUCACCAGGUUCAGAUGCGGCGGAUUAUGCCUCGGCGUCAACAUUUCCCACGCCGUCGUCGACGGGCAAAGCGCACUCCACUUCAUCUCCGAGUGGGCGAGAAUCUCCUGCGGACAACCUCUCGGUACAGCCCCGUAUCUCGACCGGAGAAUCCUCCGGGCCGGCGAACCUCCGGCCGUGAAACCACCGCCGUUGGAUCUGAAAGAGCUUGAGCAGCCGCCGCUGAUGAUCGGAGCAGAGGAUAACGUGGAAGAGAGGAAGAAGGAUACGACGGUGGCGAUGCUGAAACUGGACAGAGCUGACGUGGAGAAGCUGAGGGAGAGAGCGAAUAAGAGCGAGUUUUCCGAUUCAACCAGGUCGUUUACGCGUUACGAGGCGGUGACGGGUCACGUGUGGAGGUCGGCGUGCAAGGCACGUGGCCAUUUUCCACAGCAGCCGACGGCGUUAGGCGUCUGCAUAGAUUCACGUAGCCGGAUGCAGCCUCCAUUGCCUCAGGGGUAUUUUGGGAAUGCCACUCUUGACGUCAUUGCAGUGAGCACUUCAGGCGAGCUGAUCUCGAACCCACUCGGGUAUGCGGUGAGAAAAAUCCGAGAAGCGAUCAAGAAAGUGAACGACGAGUACGUGAGAUCGGAGAUAGAAUACCUAAAGAACCAGGAAGAUCUGAAGAAGUUUCAAGACCUGCAUGCCUUGGGGAGCACGGAAGGUCCAUUCUAUGGAAACCCUAAUUUAGGAGUGGUGAGUUGGCUAACCCUACCGAUCUACGGCUUAGAUUUCGGGUGGGGAAAGGAGGUUUACAUGGGACCCGGCACGCACGAUUUCGACGGCGACUCGCUGCUCUUGCCGGACCAUGAGGACGCUGGCUCGGUGGUUCUGGCUCUGUGCCUUCAAGUGGCUCAUAUGGAGGCUUUCAAGAAACAUUUCUAUGAAGAUAUUUAAACUCGGGUUUUUAAAUUAUAAACUAAUUAUAUAAUUUGGUAAUAAUGUGUUGGCUGAUGAAGA